AAAGCCAGUUAGCCGUCCAGUCACCUCACCGUCAAUGGCUACUCAUGACUUACCAGCUAGAACAACACAUAGAAUAAACUCCGGGUUUUUAAAAUUGCCGUAUCAUUUGUGACAUGUUCCAAUGACAGCAAUUUCCCCUCCCGACGGGCAGUAAAUGAGGUUUAACCUCUUUAUUUGUGAAGACAUGACUAGUGUCAAACAAGAAGGUAAAGACACCAUUAUCUUUGUUACCAAAGAGGAUCAUGCAGCGCCCAGCAAUGCUGAGCUUGUAGAAGAAGACCCCAACGAUCCUUAUGAGGAGCGAGGUUUGAUUCUUCCCAGUGGCGACAUUAACUGGAACUGCCCUUGCCUGGGCGGGAUGGCCAGUGGUCCCUGCGGGGUCGACUUUAAGGAGGCCUUCUCGUGUUUCCACUACAGUAAAGAGGAGGUGAAAGGCUCCGAGUGCCUGGAUCAGUUCACGGCCAUGCAGGAGUGCAUGCAGCGCUACCCGGAGCUCUACCCGCAAGAAGACGACAAGGUCCCGGAUGGAGAGCAGCGCUCGGAAGAAACGCCCGGUGACUCUAAGUCCACAUCUGACACUGUGCAGGACUGUGACGGCACAAAGCCCAGUAGCGCCCUAGAAAGCUAACAACAUGUUCAUGUGUGAGACUUGUUCAAGAUGUGCUUUACUGAUGCGAAUCUUAAGGGCGUACUUACACGACGAUGCCGUGCAGUCCAUGCCUGGGCCCCUCUCGUGAAGAUCAAUGACCGCUACAACAAGAUAUACAAUCAUGACUGCAGAUAAUAAUCAAUGAAGUAAUAACAAUGGCUCUAUUAAAGUUAAAGUAAGUUAAAGUCCCAACGAUAGUCACACACACACACACUAGGUGUGGUGAAAUUACCCUCCGCAUUUGACCCAUUCCCUUGGUCCACCCCAUGGGAGGUGAGGGGAGCGGUGAGCAGCAGCGGUGGCCGCGCUCGGGAAUCAUUUUUGGUGAUUCAACCCCCAAUUCCAACCCUUGAUGCUGAGUGCCAAGCAGGGAGGUAAUGGGUCCCAUUUUUAUAGUCUUUGGUAUGACUCGGCCGGGGUUUGAACUCACGACCUACCAAUCUCAGGGCGGACACUCUAACCACAAGGCCACUGAGCAGGAUUAUUAUUAUUAAUAUAUUAUUACAGCAGAAAUGAAUGCAAUAUUAACAUAUUAGCCCCUUACGGUUUGCUCUCGCUCAUUAACACAACGGUACUGUUUGUCACUCGCUUGUCGUUACAACUGCGUACAAUAGAUGUCAUAAUAUCUCCACUUCUUAGCAUACCUCAUACUGUACGUACCUGGUCCACCAGAGAAUAAGAAGACCUCGCAGGAGGGAUCAGUGUUCCCAACUUAGCUCCUUACACCUGCUCUCUCUUUACAAAGUCUUUUGUCCGGAGCUGGUGACGCUCUCCAUUCCAUCCAGAAUGAGGGUUUGUACAUAGUAAACUCAUUUGGUGUUGUGGUGGCAUAGAUUUCAAUCAAUCAAUCAAUCAAUGUUUAUUUAUAUAGCCCUAAAUCACAAGUGUCUCAAAGGGCUGUACAAGCCACAACGACAUCCUCGGUACAGAGCCCACAUACGGGCAAGGAAAAACUCACCCCAGUGGGACGUCGGUGAAUGACUAUGAGAAACCUUGGAGAGGACCGCAUAUGUGGGUAACCCCCCCCCCUCUAGGGGAGACCGAAAGCAACGGAUGUCGAGUGGGUCUGACAUAACAUUGUGAAAGUCCAGUCCACAGUGGAUCCAACACAUCAGCGGGAGUCCAGUCCACAUUUGCAUUUCAUUAGGCACAAUCGGACAUAUAUUUUAAAUUGAAAUACUACUGAUUACCUGAUAAUAUUUUUGUAUCUGUGUAAAUUAAGCUAGUUGUUGCCUCACAUUAAGAGCUUAUUGUAGUGAUGUGCGGAUCAAUACUGAAAUAUCAAUCAGAUCGUUAUGCUCUAAUAUCGUUUCUCAAAUCAAAAUAUCCAUAGUUUUGAUACUUUGGUCCAAACUUUUUCCACCUACUUUGACUGAGAAGUCAAAGUAGGCAUUUAAAAAUGCUUAAAACUGACAUUGUGUAUUAUAUUAGCCUUUUUUCAUUACAUACCGAUUUUUGUACUGUCUUUUUCUUACAUUUUUGCUUUAGUUUUUCCCAUACAAUAAUAAUAUGGUUGUUUAACUGCAUAACCAUGUUUGUAAAGAAUCUGCCUGUAUAAAAAUACAGUAUUAAUGUUUAGUUACACAUUUAACAAUGUAUAUUAUGGUUUUGAUGUUUUAAUUCAUGGGUUAGUAUUUUAUUUUCUAAUUACCUAGCUAAACUUUGUUUAUAAUUUAGGUACAUUUUAUUUUUAUUUUGAAAGCAUUUAAUAUUGUAGAUCAGGAGUGUCUAAAUGUUUUCCACCAAGGGCCGUAUACUAAAAAGUCUAGUAUGGGGGUUCCAUUUUGAUAUUAAAAAAAAAUAAAUAACAUCACCAAAACUUUAUAGGUGACUAAAAUGAUUAUUAUUAUAUUAUUAUUACACUGGUUUAAAUGUAACUUAGAUAUUGGGUUUCACUAGAGAAAAGCGCUAUAUAAAUAUAAUUCACUUCACUUCACAUUUUGUUUUUGUCAAAAUGGCGACCAGCAGGUUUUACUGGUUUUAAUGCAGACUCUUAACAUGCAAGCAUGUAAAGCAGGUUAGCAUGUGCUAUUAUGGACCACCUCCCCCAUCUAAAGAGCACGCAAC